UUCCGAAAACGAUCUGGCAACGCCGACAAAGUCAAAAAAUUCAAAAGAAUAACAAAUUCAUCUUCGGACUAGCAAAAAGCAUUUACUUGUUUAACUCCUUAAAUAUUUUUCCUAAAGCUUUGGGGUACAAAAUUCUCAAUUCGUUGCAAUGUUUUGCACUGGCAAGCUACGGCGCUGCGUUUCGUCGGUGGCCAAGAAGGGUCCGUCUGCGUUUCCCCACUGCCACAGGCGCAGCAUGGAAUGGAGGAGCCUGCAGCGUGGUUUGGCCACCCGGUCAAUGGGUGCGCCCUCGGCUACCGCACAGGUAAUCGGCGGCGGUAAAAAGAGUCAGCCUGCAGCUGUGGCGAAGAGCGGUUCUAGCUCCGAAACGAAAUGGCCACGAAAAAUCUUUAGUGGAAUCCAGCCCACCGGCUCUCUGCACUUGGGCAACUAUCUGGGCGCGGUGCGACCUUGGGUUCAGUUACAGAAUGCCAAUGAUGACGUGACCGUCUGCAUUGUGGACUUGCACUCCAUCACAAUGCCUCACAAUCCGCCCCAGCUCCGUGAGAACAUCUUUGUCAUGGCCGCCACACUCCUCGCCUGCGGCAUUGAUCCCGCUAAGAGCACUCUGUUCGUCCAGUCCGCAGUUCGGGAGCAUGCCGAGUUUAACUGGAUUCUGAGUUCUUUGACAACCAUGCCGCGCCUGGCGCAGUUGCCCCAGUUCCGGGAGAAGUCCCGCCUGGUGAAGGAUGUUCCACUGGGUUUAUAUGUGUAUCCGGUUCUCCAAGCAGCCGACAUUAUGCUCUACAAAGCCACCCACGUUCCUGUGGGCGAGGACCAGCUGCAACACAUUCAGCUAGCCCAGCACCUGGCCAGGACAUACAACGGCCGUUACGGCGAGACCUUCCCUAUUUGCCACGCCAUCAUUGAAGAGAGUGAGGCCUCUCGCGUGCUCUCCCUUCGGGAUCCCUCCAAGAAAAUGUCCAAGUCUGAUGGCAACCCCAAGGCCACCAUCAAUUUGGCCGACUCUCCCGAUCUAAUCGCUCAGAAGAUCAAAAAAGCGGUCACUGACUUCACCUCAGAUAUUUCUUACCAUCCCGGCCAGCGUCCUGGAGUGAGCAACCUGGUCAACAUCCAUUCCCAGGUCACUGGACAGACCAUCAAGUCGGUCGUGGACGAGGCCACCACUCUGGAUACGGCCAAGUACAAGGAGCGAGUGGCAGAGGCUGUGGUGGAGCACUUGCGUCCGAUUCGGGAGCAGAUUGAACACCACUUGACGAGGCGCAACGAGAUGAUCUACUUACUGGAGAUGGGGGCGGAAAAAGCACGUCAACAGGCGCAGCGCACCUUGGACGAUGUGAAACAGCGCCUUGGCCUGGGCACUAGUCCCAUAAUGCCAGCUGCUGUGCAGGUGGCUCCGCUGCUGCCCCAAGAGGUGCCCAAGACCUCGGCCAGCAGACUGAUGUCUAGUGACGCCGAUGCCAAUGUCCAUGAGCGACACAAACGGAUGUAUGGCUUUGCAAAAACGCCAAGUGGUGAUGCAGGCCAGUCGGCCACUGGGGAGCUAUCGGCUUCUGGUUUGGAGCAAUCAAUUGCACAGCCCUUGAUACGCCGUCAGCCCGUAGUGCCAACCCAAAGCCUGCGGGUGGAGAAGCAGCUAGGAAGCUCAAGGUCUCAGCAUGUCUUUCAGAUGGACAACAUCAAUGCUCCGCAUAUGGGAUUCAAGCAUCCCCCUGGAUUGGCACCAAACAUGGUUACUGGGGGGCUGAUAAAGGGCAAGCGCGGCACCCUCAAGUCCGUCUCACGCAGCCUAGGAUUUGGGCAUUAUUCAAGUGCUGGCCCAACUGCAACUUCCAGUGCGUUGUCCAUGAUUGCGCGCGAAAUGAAUGCCCCCAAAAAACCGGAAUUCACUUACAGCAUGGCCAAUAGUGCACACGGACUCACCGCUCCUGGAUCUUUUAACAAAGGCGAAGCGUGGAGCAGUCAAAAUCGGAGUGGUUCGCAGGACACUCAGGCUGCUAUUAUGGCCCAGGAGUCAAAGGAGCAGGCCGCCGUUGAGGAGCAGCGUGAAUCUGUGUCUGAGGAGCAAAGCGAAGAGUCCGACGAUGAAGGCGAGGUGUACGAUGAGGAAGAGGCUGUGGAGAGAGAAUGGGAAGAUGAGGAGCGCAAAGGUGCCGAGCAAACCAAAGCCGAGAUCUAGGCCUAAGGAGCAUUGCAAUUGUUGUUAGUGUAAUACGUAGCGAAUAUCAUCCUCUGUUAAAUUUGUAGUUAUGCAAAUUGUUUGAUAAAUUUAUGGUUAUAUAAGUAAUUGAUUUAAUGGCAAAUCAAAAUCAAAUGUCAAAAGUAAAAUUAAAGUGUCUUUGCUGCUUAUA